AUGGCUUCGCAAGGUCUGCGCAUCGGUUUCGUGCCCGAGCACUUCUCCACGCCGCUCCACUUCGCGCAGAAGCACUAUGGCCUCGACGCGACGCUCAUCCCCUUCCCCUCGGGCACCGGGCACAUGGUCACGGCGCUGCGGGCGGGCGACAUCGACGUCGGCAUUGGCCUGACGGAGGGCUGGAUCGCCGGACUCGGCAAGGAGGGCGUCGAGGGCGACGGCGGGUACCGCCUCGUCGGGACCUACGUCGAGACUCCGCUGUGUACGUAUCACCGCUGGGCCAUCUCCACGGGCGCCGACCGCCCGGACAUCACGUCGGUGGACUCGCUCAAGGGCGGCAAGAUUGGCGUCUCGCGCAUCGGCUCCGGCAGCUACGUGAUGGGCUUCGUGCUCGCCGACAAGCACGGCUGGCUGGAUCAGCAGCAGCAGAAGAAGCCCUUCUCCGACACGGUGGUGCUCAACACGUUCGACAAGCUGCGCGGGGCCGUCAACUCGGGCGAGGCCGACUUCUUCAUGUGGGAGCACUUCACGUCCAAGAAGUACUACGACUCGGGCGAGAUCCGCCGCGUCGGCGACAUCUACACGCCCUGGAGCAGCUGGAAGAUUGUCGCGUCGACCAAGCUGGCGCCUCCGACCGGCGCAUCGGUGGACGCGCGCGUGCGGGACCUCUUCGCGAAGCUGGACCAGGGCGUGCGGCAUUUCAACGAGAACCCCGAGGAGGCGGUGCGGUACAUCUCGACGAACUUGGACUACUCUGAGGCAGACGCGCGCGAGUGGCUCAAGACGGUGCGCUUUCCGCAGAGGACGGAGGGCGUCAAGCCAGAGGUGGUGGCUGACUGCGUGUCCAUCCUGCGCAAGGCGGGCGUGCUGGUCGAGGGCAAGGGCAUGGAGCCCGAGGCCAUGGUGGUAAAGCUGUAG